AUGUUCGUGUUUAGUGAUUUGCCCAAACUCAUGCGUUUCAUUUCUUCCUCACAUUCCAUAGACGUUAAAUAUAUAAAUAGAUAUAUAAUAUACAGCGUCAAUUCUCCUUGCGCGUAUGUUGAAUCAGUGGCUGUUUUGACUCUAUGCUACUCUUGGAUUGAUAUCGAACACCCCCCAACGAGUGUGGUCUCAGCUAUUCGAUUUUACCUUAACAUGAUUGCCACAGCUCUCUAGAUCGACGUUGGUUAUCCACACAAGAUAGCUCUGUUUGGCAUCAACAAAAUACUGGGAGACGCAAAAGAAGCGACCAAAAAAAUUUCGAAACAGGGAAGAGAAAACUCCAGAAAUCGGAUUAUCCUCAAAUUCUAGGAUAACAAAGCAGUAGCCUGCAACUAGGGUGUGUAGUCAAGAUUAGAGAAAACGAUCUAGGCAACGUUUUUGAGUGCGAUAUCAGCUUGUAGGAAAAAAUAAAAGUGGGCUUUGCAUGGAGUUUCGAAUUCCAGCAUAACGUAGGGGAGUGAUCUGUUUGAGCGUAACACCACUAUAGAACAUCCUGGUCUUUAGAGAAAAUUUAACACCAUAUGUUGAAUCAGCUGACCCUUUGAAUCUUUCAUCAUGCCAUCUCCUGAGAUAAAUUCAUCUAGAUCUCAACCUAACAAAAGUCACACAUUAUUUAUCUUGCUUCUAUGAGCUGAUGCUCGAUGGAAAGGCGCAAUAUGUUCCAUUAUCAUGAAAAACUAAUCUGCGCUUAAGUAUUUAUUUUUUUAAGGAAAUUUCGAUGAUCCUAUGAAAUUAAAUUAUUUGCCAUUUCAUACAUAUCAGCUCGAGCUAAAAAA